CGACCCGCCCGAGGACUGGCUAUAAUAAUCAGAGGCCACAGUAGUCCAGAAGCCAAAGUCGCUGCGUUGGUUGCCAACUCGUGCACCCACACAGCCAUGACUAAUGAGGGGAACUGUCCGCUCAUAGUGGGCGUGUGCCUCGCCACAGCGGCAGGGCGAGGAAGCAACUUGCAGCACCUCGCGACCAUGUCUCUCCCUCCCUCUCUCCUCUCUCGCCCUCUCACUGAGCUCCGACCUCUCGUUGCCUCCUCCCUGCCUCCCUCACUGGGCGACAGAGCCUUCUCUUUCCUGACCCAGCACGGCUGGGAGCUGCCAGCCACAAGCGAGACGGCGGCUUUCGCCAGUCAGGUGUUCAGAAGCCACACCCACUCCAUUGUGAUCCAGCUGUCUCGGACCAGACCUCGUAUUGGCCUCGUUACCGAAGGACCUCCCCCCGUCCCCCUGGGGUUCAUAUCCUGUGAGGUGGGGAUUCCCCUCCCGCAUGUUCACGGAGAGAUACAACACCAACUUCCCUCCCUCUACUCCGCCUUGGUUGCCACGGGUUACAGUCUCCUUGACAACAACGGGUGGCCAAUCGGACGACACCAGGAGACGGAAUUCUCAUUAGCCGAAAUUCUCUGUAACAUGACUGUCCGAGUACGGCUUCACCUACUGCAACCUUUGACCUCCGAUGUUUCCAUGGUGACCACUCCGGUGAACUCCAAACUUGCCAUCCUCCCUGGCCCCGCCCACUCGUUAUCAGACUCCGCCCACAACGAGGUAGUCCAAUUGCUCCGCCCGGUGGUCGAGGAAAGUGCUGACAUGGCGGAAUCUUCCCUGCUGGAGCAAAGUAUGUCUUCGUACACCACUUCUGUCAGCAUUGCUCCUGGGGCUGCACCGUACGAGAUCCUCCUCAGCUACGUCCACCGAGAGGCCUCCGAUGAAGCCAUGGCCCUGCGGGAAGCCCUACAGGUGGCUGGUUACCGGGUGUUCCUGGACGUGGAGUGUAUCCGUGGCGGGAGCGACUGGCAAGAUGUUCUAAAUGAUGCCGUCUCCAACUGCUCUGUCUUUGUUCCUCUCAUCACUCAGCAGUACGGACAGACCCUGUGGACCAAUCGGGAGGUGAAACUGGCCGAUGUUCUGGGUAAAUCCAUAAUCCCAGUCAACUUCCUCUCCAGCUGGCCGCCGCAGUGUCUCGCUAUUCAGUUUGCCACCACACAGUUCGUGUCCUGGCCCCAUUCCACGACCAGCCGGGAAUGGAAUGGGGACGCAGUCGCCAGGGUUGCCAAGGAGAUAGUGGAGAGAUACAACACGGAGGAGGGGAGAGGGGAGGAGGAAGGAGGGAUGAUUGCUGAUGAUGGAGUGUGUGUGGAGGAGGGAGAGAGAAUGGAGCUAGGAGCAGAAGAGAGACGGAAAUCGUUCACUCGAGCAGACACGAGGAUAAUAGUAGAGGAUGUGGAGGAGGAGGAGGAGGAGGAGGAGGAGGAGGGGAGAGGGUUACUGUCACUCCCCCAGACACCGAGGCAGCAGCGGAGGUCGACCAUCAAGAGCUAUGCCUCCCUCCUCCCCUCCUCUCUCUCUCUUCAGUACCGCAAGUCAAUCCAGGAGUCUCGCCUGGGGAAACCCCUAGUCGUAAUCUCCUGCCACAUCGCACAGCAGGAGUUUGCACGGAGCGUUGCCACAGACAUGGAGGGGUGUGGUUUCGAGGCGUGGUGCUCUUGCGACAUCCUCCACCUCCCCGUGGAGAACGCCUCGCCCAUAUUCCAGCUGCGAGCAAACGAAGCGGGUGUGGUCAUCUUCCUCUUCUCGAAGGAGUUCACUGAAGACACAUUCUGCGAGAACCAAGUGUACUACUGUGAACAGAGAAAGAGGAUUAUUCCUGUCGUCUAUGAGCCAAUCCAGCUGCCCCACUGGGUCUGUAUGCUAAUUGGUACCAGCCCCUUCAUUUCCUGCCAAUCAUCCGGUCACAGACAGCAGCUGCUUGAUCGUGUGGAAGAGGCACUCAACCCGCAGAAGCGAGAGGAAUCAACCGUUGCCUUGGUGACCGGAGGGUUUUAUGGAGUCGGAGAGACGGUUGGACGGAGUUUUGACAAGGAGAGGAGUGGGCGUGGCCAGGGAUGUGGGGUGUGGCACCUGAUUGCUGAGCGAGAUAAGGAGGACCGGUCCUCUCAGACGAGGCAGAACAAGGACGGCACAUUCCUUGCUCUGCCGUAUGGAGAGACCAUCUUUGCUGGUAGCAGUGUCCGUCAGCGAGAGAUGGUCACACCUCACGUGGUGAAACUGUGUAUUCUCAUCGAGGGAGGGCCAGGAGCAGCGUUCGAAGCUCAGCAGUUCUACUGGAAUGGGAAUUACAUCAUCCCUGUCAGGGUCACGGGCGGAGCCGCCUCGGGGCUCUUUGACACUCCUCAGAACAUCUUCCAGAGACUGCCAGCCAUCGACGAAUCCGAUUGGUCGGUGCUAGGCAACAGCGAGGCGACCCCGAGCGAAGUCGCAGCAGCUGUAGUUCGGAUCGUACGAACCCUGAACUUUGACGCAGCCGGAGCUGGUAGAGAGAGGGCAGAGCUGGGCGGAGUCAUCAAGCGGAGUGAGACGCUCCCGCAGCAGACUCCGCCCAGCGGUCGCAAGAGAACGUUCAGUGAUGGUCAGCGACUACAGCCAAAGUUGAUGAGUGGCACUAGCAGCUUCAGCUGA